AAAGCCACGCCCCCCUCAGGCUCAGUUCAAACCACCGUCUCAAACCCACCAGGAGUUUCACAUCGCCAUCUUGUCUCGUCGGAAGACCGCGAUUUGUCCAUUCCAUGUUAUGAUCUGGUGAGGAUGCCAUCAUGUUGAUUAAAACAAAGAUCAAUAAUGAACAGAAGUAUGUCAAGAUCACUGAACCCAGCCUUGAUGAAUUUUUGAGUUCUGCUUUCAUGAAGUUCUCGAUGCCACCUGUCAGCGAAGGUGUCAAAGUCUUUGAUGAGACAGGAACUGAGAUUGAUGCAGACGUCUUUGAAGAGGUUGUUCAGCAACCCAAUGCUGGCGUAUUUACCAUCAGAUUUGACAAUGGUUUCCAGGGGACAGCUUCAUCCGACUGUUACUCAGGACCAUCUUCAUCUGCUGGUGCACUGCUUGAUGUCGUAACCAAUUCACCGCUGGAAUGUUCAGCCUGUAGCGCUGAGAAUACAGCCAUCCUGGAACUUACACCAUGCAGCUCUGAUGAUACAAUCAUUCUGGAUGAGGAUCCCAGCCCUGCCAGAAAACGGCAGAAGGCCGAUGAUGAUGCAAAAACUGUGGUUGAAUCUGCACUGACCAAGAAACCAGGUGGAGACCGCAUUGUCAGGGAAUACAACCGGACAAAAAGUCUGACCGACUCCUCACGGCGACAGAUGAUUAACAUCCUUACUGCAGACAUGACUGAAACUUAUGGGACAUCACCGCCAAGGCAUGUGCGAGAGACAUAUGCCCGAGGCAUUGUUGCCAUGUUCCCUUACUUGAUGGAUCCUUACUCAAAAAAUGGAUAUGAACAUUUCUACGAUGCAGAAAGCGGCAGUGGUUACCUAGCAUGGAGGCUCAAAACUAUCCAGAGGAAAAGUGCUUCAUCAGAGAGCAGAGGGUCACGUCAGCUGUCGGGUGGUGGGCCAACAGCUAGAAGAGAUGCUUCAUUUAGUCCAGAGAUCACCCUGAAUGAAGCGCAAUGCAGAGAGGCCAUAUCAUUCAUGAAGUAUUCUUCUGAUGAAGCUGCCAUCAAGCAGAAGAUGCAGAUGACGUAUGACUAUCGACGCAAUAUGGUCCUUGACGAGGAGAAAUCCUCAGAAGUCUUGGCUGAAUUUUCACGUUUCAAAGACAUCAAAGGCCUGAUUGAGCAAGAUUUCAUCCUGCAGUUUGGUGAAGACUUGGCUGCCAAGUUUUUGGAGAAGUGGCCUACUACGUUCAAACAGAAGGUCAUCCAGUUGAGCAAGGCCCUUCCUGCCUCAAGCGACCUUGAAGAACUGAUCCACUGUGCAGAAACCACAUCAGAUGAAGAAAGGGAAAUGGAUGACACUCUUGCCUCUGGAUGGGACAGUGAUCUCUCUUCCAUUAUUCUCCUCCUCCACUUGAUUCCUCCUUCAGCACAAGGCCGGAAAAGACCAGGCAAGGUGUCGCCAACUCAAGCUGAGAAGCAUCUUGUCGUGUUCAAGAAGAAUGGAACAAGCCUCCAGGAACAUGUUGAUGCUAUCCAGAGCAGCACUCAGCCCUAUCUACUAGCUGUUGGGAUGAAGAGGAGCACAAUACAUCAGUUCUUCAUUGUUCUGGACAAGCAGAUCAUACCAUGCAAGUCACCCAGCUCUCUUGGAGCUUUUGAUGAGCUCUUUAAGACACACUUUGUAUUUGGUACCAAUUACAAUCUCAUUCUCCACAACAUGUACACCUUCAUACAGACAACUGUGUACAACAUAGAUAUCGGCAAAGUCCAGGAGAGUCCACGUGUUGCAGAGAUUAGGGCUAGAAUGCUACACUGAAGAGGCAUUCAUGUAUUUCGGGCAGCUUAUGUGAGUGACAUGAUAUUGUGAGUAAUUGUACCCAUUUCACUCGCUUAUUUGGUACUAUGGGGGUGAUUUGUUUUGUUUGCAGGGCUCAUUUUAUGAGUACCAACAUGCUUGUAAGGCAUAUGCGAUUGAUACAUGGUUUCUGUUCUGGUAAAUCACUGCGCCUGAAAUGUGCGCAGAUUGGCUGUU